GUUGUUUUGUGACCCUCCGGUUAGAGAAAGCUGAAUGUGAGCACUGCGUGGUGGACAUGCGCGGAGCUGCAGCGAAUAUGGCGGCUUGCAUCUGCUAGAAAGUGAGGAAUCUCCCGUCAAAAUACCCGCUUCAAAUAGUGUCUGUGAACUAACAGCCUGUCUGACUUUACCUCCAACUGUGGUCAUCAUGGGCCGAACACCACACCGAGAUCAAAAAGAGGAGAAAGAGAGACGGAGCAGCAUCACAGCAGGAUCUCCCCUCGACAAAUCUAAUGAACCGUUCAGAUGGGAAGAUUACCUGAGAGAAACAUCCUCCACUGCUGCCUCGCCUACUUCCUUCAAACAGUCCAGAGUCCCCCCCUCCAAUGACUUUAAAGCAGGUAUGAAACUUGAGGCGCGGGACCCUCGAAACUCCAACUCUGUGUGCAUUGCAACGGUGAUGGGCAUGAUGGGUACUCGUCUACGCCUGCGUCUGGAUGGAAGUGACAACACCAACGACUUCUGGAGACUGGUCGACUCGUUAGACAUCCAACCAAUUGGAACCUGUGAAAGGAACGGAGACAUGCUGCAGCCACCGCUGGGUUUCAGGAUGAAUGCUUCCUCGUGGCCCAUGUUCCUCCUGAAGACGCUGAGUGGAGCAGAGAUGGCCCCUUCUUCUGCUUUUAAAAAGGAGCCAGUCAUCCCGGCUAAAAACUACUUCCAGGCUGGUAUGAAGCUGGAGGCGGUGGACAGGAAGAACCCCUACCUGAUUUGUCCCGCCACAGUGGGAGAGGUCAGAGGUCAGGAGAUUUUCGUCAUGUUUGAUGGCUGGCGAGGAGCCUUCGACUACUGGUGCCCCUUCGACUCCAGAGACAUCUUCCCCGUCGGCUGGUGUGCCCUGACAAAACACAGCUUGCAGCCGCCUGGAAAUUUCUUUACCCUCCCUGGUGCGCUCCUCGCUCCCGUUUCUUCCACCUCAAACUCCCUCGCUGUACGUCGCUCCACUUCCAACUCCUCCUCCUCCUCCAUGCAGACCUCAUACCGACUACCCAACCCCUUGCCACCCCUCCCUGUGCGCAAGGGUGUCCGAGGUCGUCGUCCCAAAUCCCAGACUAUUGCUUUGUUGAAGGCAGCGGCCGAGGCUGCGGCGGCAGCGGCAGUAAAUGGAGCAUCACAGAGCCCUGCCAGAACGAGCUCUGAGGCUCUACUGGCCCCCAGACCACACAAGAAGAGAGGGCCCAAGCCUAAGAUCAAGAAGAAGCCUCCGGUGGUGCAGUCCCCGGGGACACCAGCAGUUACAGUUCCACCUCCAGAGACCAGACUGAGCUCCGGACAUGUCUCAGCAGACAACAACAACCAUAGCAACAGCUCAAAUGUAGUGUGCACAGUGUGUGUCUAUGUGAACAAGCACGGUGUGUAUGGUCCGCAUCUAGACAGAAAACUAGUGCAGCAGCUCCCGGACCACUUUGGUCCAGCUCCAGUCAACGCAGUGCUUCAGCAGGCUGUUCAGGCCUGCGUGGACUGUACGUACCAGCCCUCCGUGAUGCUGUCGUUCCUACAGAGCCAGUCCCACACAGGAGGAGAGGUCAUCAGAGUGCGGUCAGAGCAUGGUAUUCGCUACGUGAAGCUUCCCUCCGCCUCUAGUACGUCGUCUGUGCUGCGGUUCCUGGAGAACAUGUGCCUACAUCUGGAGAGUGACAGCCUGUUCAGCUCGCAGCCAUUCAGCCCCUUCAACACCAACACACGCUUCUACAACAGGACCAAGUCAGAACCACUGUCCCACCCUGAGAACGGCCUGUCCAAUGACGAUUCCACAAAGGACCCCACUCCCACCACCCGCCCUCCUCACACCGCAUCGGACUUCAGAGCAGCAAAGAAGGAGCGGCCAUAUUACCCUGGACACACACAGACGCCGCCAGCCCUACGACGCGUCAGCUCCAACCCAACUGAACUUGGCCAGAUGUGUCCACCCAGACGAGUGGAGGCAGCUAGCUCAACAACAGGCCCCGACCACGUGAAACAAGACAAGGAGGGUGUAGGAAGCGACGCCUCUUCCUGGUCAGUCGAUGAUGUCAUGCGGUUUGUCCAAGAGGCCGACCCCCAAACUCUCGGCCCUCAUGUCGAACUGUUCAGGAAACAUGAGAUUGAUGGCAGAGCUCUGAUGCUGCUGCGCAGUGAUGUCAUUAUGAAGUACAUGGGACUGAAGCUUGGCCCGGCGCUCAAACUCUGUCAUCACAUCGAGAGGCUGAAACAGACCAAACAAUAGAGGAGGAAGGCACUCUCUUUUCUCACUGGCAACCAAACACACACACACACACUAACACGUAUUAUCCUACAGGGAUGUAGUGCAGUAUAAACCCAGCUGAACCAGGGUCGUAGCUACAAGUGAAGUCACUGAGGUCAAGUCCGCUGUAUUUAUUUAUUCUUUUGUGAAUUAGCAACCUGCAGGGAGUUUACAGAUACAACUUUACACAUGAUGGUCAUUUUAGGAACUGAUUCCAGUAUUUUUAGAAUCAAGCUCUUUAAAUUUAACUACUUUUUGGCAAACAAAUCAAUCAAUCAAUAGUAUUUUAUUCUGGGCAUUGUCUGUGGGGUUUGAAACAGCAUUUAGACAAAAAUAGAAAGUAUAAUGGUAAUUGUUGAGGAUGGCAUGGUGUGCAUCAGGGGACUUAUGACCUCAGUAUUUCUAAAAUCCUGGCUACGGCCCUGAUCUGAACACCUUUAUUUUUAUAUACUAUACAGACUGCAGUUUACGUUCACAUUAAAACAGAUGCACAGUACAUUAAUUCAUAAUUUCCAUCAGUGUAAUUAGUAUGAAACAUCUCAGCAUUUGUUAAUGUUGUGUCUUUUUGCCUUAUUAUGAACAACUGGAGGCCAUAUUUGAUCAAACUUUUAAUUUACCAGACGUUCUGUUAGAUUUGCAGCUUUAUCUUAUAAAGUAUUUGUUCCCUGGUCAGAAUUUCAGGAUGGAUGCUCUCCACUUAGUUCAGGUACUGGCAGUGAACGUCUCGCUGCAUCAUUUCUCACAAUGCAAUAAAGUUUUCUGAAUGGUCAUUUCUACAGGCUGUCAAAUGUAGUUUAUGCAGUGAAUGUAUGAAGUCAUGAGCAUUACUACUAACAGGUACGUUCACAGCUUCGUGAAUGAGAAGUGUUGAAGAGUUUCAGUCCAAGAUGUUGGAGAAAUCGUCUUGUUCCCUGAAGUCAAUCAUAAUGUGAAUGAUUCCUCUCCUCAAACACUUUUUUUUUGUCAAAGGUCAUAAAUGAACAGAGUGGGCACCACUAAAUGUCUGGAAGUUUGGAAGAAAAUCUUAAAAAUCAGUUACUGAAGAGCUACUUCUCUUUUGUGUCUGUUUCGUGUGCUGAAAGACAUUCAAGCUGAUCAGUUUUAACUUGAGCCCUGAUGUGGCUGCAUGAUUGUAUGAUGCUUUGACAGUCAUACUAUCAAACACACACGAGAUAUACACAUAAAAUGACUGGAAUACUAUUGUUAAGUAUUGACAUUAAAAUAAAGACAGGGCCAUUAACUGUCUAGUUUGAGUGCUGUACAGACCGUUAAAGUGCUCCUGAGAGAGUGCAUGAUGGGGAAACUGUUUUGUAUAAAGUCAAGCCAAAAGGUUGUUUUUUGAUAUCAUUUUGUACUGUAACAAAGUGUAUCAACCUGUAUCAAGCGUAAGUGUAAUCACAUUUUUCUCCUGCCUGAAAUAGUUUUUGUGUGCACCAUCUGAUAACUACCUACAGGUCGAUGCUGUGUCUGAGUAAUUAUUCACAUGUCUCAAAGUAUUUAUCUGUUUUUCGAUGGCAGAAAUACUAAUUUUCUGAACAUUUCAGAACCAUUUUCGAACCAAAUCAUGUGUGUUGUAGCUGCAUUUCACACUGUUGCUCUCCUGUAGUGGUAACAAGUUGAUACUUGAAACCGUCUUGCUUUAAUGUGAAACUCAGGUUUUAGUAGGGGUUGUUUUGUAGCAGAUGUUUUACAUCACUAGCAUUUUGUGUUGAUUACUACGACAUAGAGGGACUGCACAAUAACCAACUAUGUAUAUUUUGUAUGCCUUUUCAUGUAUCGCUGUGUCCGCUGCCUUUCAUGUGUAUAUAUACAACUUUUUACUGUAAGUUCAACAAAAAAUGUUUGAAUAUGUUUGAUAUGCAUUCACACAAUUAAACAUGUGUUUACAUCA